AAUGUCAACAAACGAACUGAACGCACUUACGACACUCGGUGUUACGGGAAAUAUCGAUGCCCCUAAGAAAAAGUCCCUUUCGGGUAAAAUACUAAUCGGAGUAACAGGUGGCAUUGCGGUCGGUCUUUCCAUCGUUUGCUAUCCAUUCGUUGCACCGGCGUUGCGUAAACACUGCCUUCCGUACGUGCCGGCAACAACGAAGCAGAUUGAAAAUGUUCUGUCAUCGGUAGGACGGGCUCAGACUGGGGGUUCCAACAAACUGUUGGACAUUGGUUCCGGCGAUGGCAGGAUUGUGAUUGCUGCUGCCAAGAGACUUCAAGUGGAAGCGCAUGGGGUGGAACUGAAUCCCUGGUUGGUAUACUACUCCAGACUGGCGGCUCUGAAAGACGGUGCAUUCGGACGGACGAAAUUCUUCCGUAAGGAUUUAUGGAAGUAUGACAUAUCCGGAUACAAUAACAUAGUGAUCUUCGGAGUGGAACAGAUGAUGGCGGAUUUAGAGCAAAAAAUUAAAGCUGAAGCAAAACCAGAAUCAACAAUAAUUGCUUGUCGAUUCCCAUUCCCAACCUUGCAACCAACAAAAACCAUAGAAGACGGAAUUGACUCCGUUUGGGUUUAUCGGAAAGUGAAAUAAGAUG